AUGGCGGCAGGCGAUGUGACACGCCGCGCUUCGAUAACAGCGCCGUCUAUGCACAGACGUCCUUCGGCAAGACGCGGUUCGCUGAUAAAGAAUCCACAGUCACCAUCACAGGAGGUGCCAUGGGAUAUUAUCGACAGAUGCGCUCUCCCAAUAGUUCUGUGCCAUGCGCUGGCUGUGGUUUUGUCUGCUCUACUUAACGCCUUCCAUAUCAGCCAAAUUUCCGUCUUUACCUUGUUCCUGUGGUUUUCUAUAUCGGUCACCGGUUCGCUGUGGUUUUACCAUAACUUACAGGUCACAGCAGCAGGCAAGGCUGUCCUUGUCACUGGGUGUGACAAUGUCCUGGGGAAUGCUUUGGCGAGGAGGCUGGAUGACCUAGGAUAUCACGUGUUUGCAGGAUUCCAGAAUAAAGCUGGAAACAUUGACGCUGAUAUGCUUAAGGAGGACUGCUCUGGGAGACUCCAUACACUGCAGUUGGACGUCACUUCUGAAACACAGAUUCUGUCAGCAUCCCUCUACAUCGUAGAUCAUCUACCAGAGGGCGCGCAAGGCUUGUGGGCGAUCGUGAAUUGUGAAUCGUGGUGUGCACUCGGUGAACUCGAAUGGGUUCCAUUUUCAGUCAUCCGACGUGCCAUGGAAGUCAACCUUUUGGGUCCAGCUCGCUUAGUGCAAGUCAUGCUACCACUAGUACGACGAGCUCGUGGUCGUGUAGUUCUCGCAUCAUCUAUUCUUACCCACGUAGCUGCUCCAGUUAGAGGUGUUCAUGCUGCAUCAUUAGCAGCACUAGACGCUCUUGCUGCUUGCCUGAGAAGGGAGUUGAAACCACGAGGCGUUGACGUUGUGGUGGUAGCAGCUGGUGAAUAUACGACGGGAAGCGCCUGGCUAUCCGAAGAGAAGCUCCUAGAACAGGCCCGCGAUAUGUGGAAACGACUCAGCGACGAGCAGAAGGGCGCAUACGGCGAAGACUACUUUGAACAGGCGCUGAGAAGUCUCGAGAAGUACACUAAGAACGCGGAUGUCGACCUAACAGCUGUGACAAGGGCCCUGAGCGACGGUGUUACACGUACGUUCCCGCUUGCUCGUUACACCCCGGUGUCCCCGAGGGAGAAACUAAAGUCCAUUUUAGCCGAGCACAUGCCACGAUGCCUUUAUGAAGGACUAUAUGCCGACUAA